AUCUAGACCAGAAGGGGCAACAGAUCAGAAGAAACAAAAUCGUGUGUCAUAUUCGUAAGUUCGGUGGAAAAUGUGCCUAGUAGCCGAGUUUUCAUAAUUAUGAUACGGUCAGCUAUAUGUGAUUGUCUACAUUAACCAAAGCUGAUUGCAUUUGAUGACAAAUAAGUGAUUUUGUAUGCGAUCCCGCGAAAGUCGACACCGCUGAUUCGUUUUUUUUUCUCCUUUUGCUAUACUUCUGUGAUUAUAUAGACACAUACAAUAACAACAAUAAAAUCUUUUGUGCCAAAGCCCUAAGCUCCAAGAAAACUACUACGGUAUAGGAUUCAACAGUGUAUUUAAAAUGGCGAAAGUGUGUAGUGUUAUUGUCGGAUUGUGUUGCCUAUUUUCGUGUUUAAUCCUAGUUUGUAAUUCAUCUGACACAAAAAGUAUAGGCUACGAUACAUAUCAUGUGGUAUCAAAUUUAGAAUCACUAGAACCAUACUCGGUUCUGAUUCGAAGAAAGCGGCAAACACCCACUUCGAUCGAAAAUGCUAGCCCACAAAAGUCCGCUGACUUGUCGAAAAGCAAUGAAAGUCAAUCGACUACAGCGUCAAACAGUACAGAUUCAACGUCGCAGAAUCCAAAAACUGACUUAUCCAAUGCAUCGGUGUCAACGACAAAAUCAACAUUACAACUGGAUCAGCAGCGGUUGUUGGGCGUAAAUGGAACCGGUCAACGGAAAACUGGUAUGAAAUUCACGGUAUCGGAUCCCAUAUCCAGCGAUUCGAAUUCAACGAAUGUUUUGAAGCCAAUUAAACUGAGUCCCGUCGAUGGAGUUGAACAGGACGACGAUGAUGACGAAUCGAUUAUCGAUGACAUUGAUGUUUCUAAUGAGGAAACAGAAAAGCUGGCCAAGGAACAUAACAUUACUGAAUUUAAAGAGGAAUACUUUGUGUUCUACAACAGCACAAAAGUUGUAGAUCCAGAGCGUGUGAGUGGCUACUGGGACUCGGUAAAAAAUCUUACCGUCAACGCUAUGCUGUCAAAAUCACAUCGUCGGGCUAUAACGGUCCAACUGAAAUUCGAUUUUCCAUUCUACGGUCAUCCGGUGCGUAAUGUAACAGUCGCUACUGGCGGUUUCCUUUAUACCGGCGAAUAUGUUCAUUCAUGGUUGGCUGCCACGCAAUAUAUUGCACCGCUAAUGGCCAAUUUUGAUACGAGCAUAUCAAACAGCUCUUUUGUUCGAUUUGAUGACAAUGGCACGGCCUUCACAGUACUUUGGGAAAAUGUAUCGCUUCAGGAUAAGCACGAUGUUGGACAGUUUACGUUCAGUGUGACGCUGCAUGAAAGCGGUGAUAUUGUCUUCGCUUAUUACUCGCUUCCCAUGAUGAUUCAUUCCAUUCAGGACGACAAACAUCCGGUCAAAAUUGGCCUUUCCGAUGCUUACAUCAUUGACAAGACAAUUUUCUUCGCUCGCCGCAAAACCAUCUACGAAUAUCACAGGGUCAAUUUUGAUGGCGACGACAUCUCCAACAACACAAUCAUCACAUUAACAGCAAAUCCGACAUGCCACAAUCUGACCGAUUGCGAGAAAUGUGUGAACUUUGAUUCACAUUCGACAUUCAAGUGCAACUGGUGUCCGGCUCUAAACAAAUGUUCAACCGGGACAGAUCGAAAGCGCCAAGAAUGGUUACACAAAGGUUGCGAUCGUACACAAAUUACUGAUGCUGCCAGUUGUCCGGCACUCGGUGCACAGGGCAAUAAUUAUGGUGCCGUACAGGAUGUUAAAGAUGUUACGGGAUCGGGCGAACGAUAUUUGACUGGUGAAACGCCGGUUCCGAAUGUACGUGAUACGAAGGACAAUGAUGUGCACAUCAGCAACGCCGAACCGUUGGCAGAUGAAAGCGCUGGCGUCAGUAUGGCUUUGGGAUUAUUUGUGCCGAUAAUAUUAGUGAUGACUUUGGUGUUGUGGGUAUUUUAUGCAUAUCGGAAUCCGCAUACCAAAAGCGGACAACUGCUCAUUCAGUAUCGACCCAGUCAGUGGUCAUGGAGACGAGGAGAAGCACGAUACACAGCUGCAACAAUUCACAUGUAAACUAAAUAAUUUUUUUCUGUUUGUAAUUUAUUUUCUAUAUAUACCGCGCAAUCAAUAAACAAAGAAAUGUAAAUAAGAGUCAAAUUCUUGUUACACAUUUUGCUCAAAAUGAUAACCGAUAAAAUUCCGAAUGAAGAUGAAUUUUUGUGACAAAUUUUUAAUUUGAAUAAUUUCCAUUUACAGUCAAAAUCCUUUCCGUUUAUAAAUUAAUUCUUCUUUUAAAUGUAACAACAAUUUUACGUUAACUUCCGUAUCCACGAAUUGGUGUUAUUAGCAAUUCAAUCAAUGUAAAAAAUAAUAAAUAAACGAAAGAAAAAAAAGAAUCAUUAUUUAAGGUCCAGCACAUUUUGUGUCGAUUUAGUGAGUGAAAAUAUCAGAGAAAGGAGAGUGCAUCACUUAAAAAGUCGACCGACGAGAGAGAGAAAAAAAAAUAUUUAAAAAAAAGCUAAAAAAAAUAAGAUGAUAAGAUCUGUGCAGCUGUGAAUAUAUUUAGAUUUUUACAGAGUUAAGCAUAUAAAUAAUAUUUUAUUACAGAGAAGAAUAAACAAAAAAUCAAAAAAAGAUAAAAAAAAAUGAAAAUGAGAAAUGAACUUAGGAUUAUACAUCUAUACUACGCAACCAUCACAAUGUAAACGAAUCAUAACAGAGGAUUUUUGGUGAAUGGACAUACUCUUUAACGAAAGAUUGUUAACAUAAGAUUAUCGAC